ACGGAAACGCGUGGCUCGCCAAGACCCCUGGUAUGUGACUUCAGAUUUAAUUCGAAUUUAAUUUUACCAACAGUGUAGGACAAAGUAUAUUACCGUGAGUCUUGCCCCAUUAAAUCGGCAGAAGAGUUUACACGUGCCUUGUCACAGUUACCGAAGGUCGACUUGACUUUCGUACAAAGUGUGUGUUAGCAUGACGACUUAAUGUUACCAAGAUGACUUGACUAAUUCAAUGUGUUCUUUCAGACAAAUUUGUUACUUUUGUCUGUGUGUGUGUGUGAAUACUUGUUGCUUGAGUGUCGUCGCAUUUUAAUGGUGCAAAAUUCUUGGUAGUAUUUUGUUGACAUUUAUUUUCGCCUUCAUAAGUUAGACUUGAGAUAAAGAUAAUUCAUGUCGUUUAAAAAUUAUGUGUUCAGAGACGUUUGUCUCAUAUUUUAGGCUAAGUAUGUAAACAUUCUGAUAGAUACCAUGUAUAACACUGAACGACUAGCCUUAAAAUAAAAGUUGUGAUUUACAAUGACAUUCACAAAGUGCAUGAUAAUAUUUACUUUUUUCUUUUGUAGUCCUCCACAAACCUCCUGCAAUCAUGUCAAGGCUCACUGGAGGCCCAACCAUGCUGGCUGUGGACAGCAGGAGAUUGAGGAGAAUCAUUGCCGAAAAUCCAAACUGGUCCUUGGGCCUUGUGCCCUUUUUAUCAACUCUCUGCCUCGAAUGCAUCGUGAGAAACUUUGAGGGCACUCCCAUAUAUAAGGAGCUUAUACCCAGCCAGAGAGAUUUUGUGCAGGCAAGGCUGUCGCCCUCUCUACCCCUUCCUGUGACCGCCAACUUGGUCGAUGAUGGCGUCUACUGGCGCCGCUGCUGUGAGCAACGGUGGGAAAUUUGUGACGUGUCUCACUACAACCACAGCUGGAAGCAAAUGUUUUUCGAGAGGCACCUGGAAAAUAUUAUUGAGCAUUUCAUCCCAGAGACAACCCCGCUUAGGAUCAUCAGUGAGGAGAUCCCACUGUGCGAGGCUUACGUGAGGAGGCUGAACAUCUCCCAGAUGUUGCCGCCCAUCAAGGAGGCCAAGGUUGGAAUUGGCGACACCGUCGACUGGCUGAGCGAUACUGACUCGGACGCAGCUCACAUGGAACACUUUGACUUCCGCACUCUCCUGAAUCAGCUGAGCUGCUUGGAGGAGUUCCACUUGACCUACUGGGUCAAGCAGUGCGGGAUGAACUUUGAAUGGAAGAUGUUUGAGAUGGCCGAACGAGACUCCGAGACUCUCGCCAUGGCGCUUGAGUCCUGCAAAACUUUGAAGGUCGUACGACUCUACGAAAGUCACAUUGAUGAUCAAAAGUGCAAGUUGCUGGCUAAACACCUAGUGGACCACCCCUCCCUGAGAGAGCUCAACCUUUCCCACAAUGUGAUCGGAGAUAAGGGGGCCAAGGCUGUCGGCAAGCUGCUCAACAGCAGCAAACUGGAGAUCCUCAACUUGAGCGACAACAUCAUUCGAGAUGUGGGAGCCAGCGCCAUUGCCGAAGCCUUGUUCAAUAACUGCACCCUUUUGUCCCUCAACCUCAGAAUCAACCGAGUGACCGACGAGGGCGGGCAAGCAACCGCCAAGGCCUUGCUGAACAACAGCACCCUGCUCCAUCUGCACUUGGGAGCCAACCUCUUGACUGGGCCCACUGCCAUUUUGCUCUCAGAAGCGCUGGUUAAAAAUCAAACGCUCAAGACCAUUAACCUCUCCUGCAAUAAACUGGGCGUGGAUGGAGGCAAAGCACUGGAGGAGGCCAUCGCUCAAAACAGCUGCUUAACAGAAUGCGACGUCCGUCUGACAGAUAUCGACGAGCAGAGCGCCUCCAUCAUCAACCAGGUGGUUAGCGCCAAUAAGAGCGCGUCCCUCACCCGCCGGGUGGUUCGCACCAACGGGAGCGCCUCCGACAUCAACCAGAUGGUUUGCGCCGACGAGCGCUUGGAGCAAGAACAAGGCGAUGAGGAGCAAGCACAAGAUGACGAGGGAGAAUCACAAGAUGGGAAAGGUCAACCAGAAGAUGACGAGGGGCAAGAACAAGAUGACGAGGGACAAGAACAAGAUGACGAGGAACAAGAACAAGAUGACGAGGGACAAGAACAAGAUGAUGAGGGCCAAGAACAAGAUGACAAGGCACCCUCUGAGGCACGCACUUCCACCAGCAGCACCUGAUGUCUUUAGGUAGAUCUACUUACCUCAUUUCAUUUUAUUGAAUACUUUUACUUGCAUAUCGCACAUAAUUGGCCAACCAAGUAAAUCAAAGUGUCCAAAACACUAUCUAAAUAAAAGACCUUAACGGGUGGAUAGCCCACAAAUGUUUGCUUGAAAGCCAAGUGUAGAAGAGUCAAGUCACAAGAGUCAUUUCGACCGUCUUAAGCGGGAGACACUUUGCUAAAUACUUUCACUGGACAACUAAAACAUGAUUCAACAGUUGUGGCAGUUUUUCACAAUCUUUUGAAUAUAUCAAAAGGACCAUCAAUACACGAAACAUUUUGGGGGCUUAAAAAAAAACGUUGCCAGCCAGCCUCUUGUAAGUGACGCUUUUAUUUUAGCCCGGUUGUCCGCCCCCCCCCCCCCCGCCCCCUCUUGUUUUAUGCAGAGUAAGCCUGACAGUCUCCAGACAAGAGUACAGCAUUCAAUAAAAAAGACAAACUGCCCUGAACACUUGACAAAAAACAAUCAAAGGGGAGUUAUUACAUGGAAACGGGUUCAGUGCGUUUACUAACAGUCAUAAUAUCAUUUUCCAGUCUUUUAUGGAGCCGUUCUGUUCCAGUAGAUAGUUUGGUAUACCUGUAGCUCAUUACAGCUUGAAGCACGACUUGGCCAUGGCGUCUGUACGUAUAAAAAAAAUGCAAGCAUAUCGUUGGCUGAAAUACCCUUACGCUGAUUCUUGUAAACGUACGCGUGGCGAAACUCUCGUCCUUUCUGGAGGACACAAACACACCCCAACAUGUUUUUGAAAGUCAUCUGAGAAGAGUGUAAGCGGUUAGAGCUGGGGGGAAAAAAUACAUUUAUAACAAUAUAAAAUCAAGCAAGGAAACGAUCGGUAGAUGUGAUUACUUGUUUACACCCUCUCACUGUUUUUAUUACGACAUGCUAUUUCCUUAAAAAUCAAUACAGAAAUCAUGAAUGGGCUAUUAUGUAACGCGAAUUUAAAAAAAUAAUCUUAACUUUAAACAUACCUUGAAUAACCCAAUAGCCACUUUUGCAAAUAAUGCAACUUUUUCAUUCCGCACACAGUUUCAAUCUACAUAUUAAAUCACGUUAUGGUAUAUACACAGUGUUCCAUU